AUGGAUGAUUUACCUGACGACAAGGCAAGUCUUUCUGGUCGAGACUCGAACGAGUUCCAGGGUGGCGUGCAACGAGUAAGAGCGAUUACAUCGGCAUGGUCGACCAAGACGCUCAUUCUCAUGUUCAUUCUGCUCUACCUUGUGUCCUUCGUAGAUGCACUACUAAGCUCAGUCGAAACCGCACUGAACCCCUACAUAACAUCCUCAUUCCACAAACAUGGCCUCUUGACAGUCGUCAGCGUCGUUUCAACCAUCCUGGGCGGUUCAUCCAAGUUAACACUAGCCAAGAUCAUCGACAUAUGGGGCCGCGUGGAGGGAUUCCUAAUUAUGCUAGUUCUCGUUACGAUCGGUCUAAUCAUGAAGGCUACGUGCAAGAGUAUGGAAAUGUACACCGCAGCACACACUCUAUACUGGGUAGGCCACAUAGGCCUGACCUACGUUGUGGAAAUCAUGCUGGCGGACAUGACCUCACUCAAGAACCGGAUGGUCAUGAUCGGCCUGAACGGUACACCCGGUAUCGCUAGUACCUUUGCAGGCCCGGAGAUUGCCACACUCUUCUACACCAACCUCGACUUCCAUUGGGCAUUUGGUUCGUUUGCUAUCAUGCAGGUUGGGGUUUGUAUACCUGUCGCUGCGGUGAUGCUGUUUAUGCAACGUCGGGCUGAAAAGAGCGGUACUCUUGAGAAGACUCGUUCUGGACGUUCCUGGUGGCAGUCAAUCGCGCAUUAUCUCAUCGAGUUUGAUGUUGUCGGGAUCAUCUUGAUCACAGCCGCAUUCUCUUUAAUCCUGAUCCCGUUCAGCAUCGCCUCCUACGGCCCUAAGGGGUGGGCGAGCGGAUACAUCAUCGCGAUGGAGGUCCUCGGUGUAGCGUGCGUGCCCGCAUUCUACAUCUGGGAACGAUACUGUUCACCGGUGCAAUUCCUCCCGUGGAAGUAUCUGAAAGAACCAACAAUGAUUGGUUCGUGCAUGCUGUACGGCGUGAUGUUCGUCUCCUGCUUUACCUGGAACAGCUACUUCGGCUCAUACCUACAAGUCGUCAACAGACUCGACAUCACAACAGCCAACUACGUGCUCAACGCUUUCUCUCUGACCUCUUUCAUCUUCAGCCCCAUCUUCGGCCUAAUAAUAAGCUGGACCGGCGACUUCAAAUGGACCGCCAUGGCUGGCGUACCAAUCUUCUGCCUAGGAACAGCUCUGCUAGUCCCGUUCCGCGCGCCAGACACACACGUGGGGCUACUAACAAUGAUCCAAAUCCUCGUGGGACUCGGCAGCUGUCUGUUCACUGUGUGCGGACAGAUAGCGAUAAUGGCGAUGGUAACGCACCAAGAGAUCGCAGUUGUAAUGGCGAUCUGGGGAUUAUUUGGGUCGAUUGGAGCGGCGGUGGGAUCUGCCAUCGCAGGCGGGAUGUGGAAUAAUAUCCUCGAGAAAGAGUUGUAUAACCGGCUGCCGCAGGAGAGCAAGCACCUUUCGAAGAGUAUCUUUGCCAGUUUGGUGACGCAGAUUUCGUACGCGGAUGGGACGAAGGAGCGCGAUGCUAUUGUUGGGGCUUAUGCUGAUGUUCAGAGGAAGAUGGCGAUUGUUGGGGUUUGUUUUGUGCCGCUUUGUAUUCUUUGUACUUGGUUUUGGAGGAAUGUCAAUGUUAAGAAGUUGGAAAAGGAGCAGACGGCUGGGAAUGUGUGGUAG